UAUACCAGAAAGCCUUACGAGACAAUCUCGAGUACAGCGAUCCACAGGCCAACAAAGGAAAGCUUUCUUACGGUCACGUGGUGCUACUUAUUUUUUGGCGCCUUUUUACCAUCACUUCACGAGUUCUUGCAAUGGCACUCUUUGGCUCAAUCUACGAGUGGUGGGUCUUCGUGCUAGCCGCAGCUCACUGGGCAGUGAUGACAGCAUGGCUGGUAUGGCAAGAUACAUCAUUUCAUGAAUCGAAAUGCGAUGAGAUUCCCUUUGAUGCAAUCAUAGGAAUUGUCCAUAUCUUCUGUUUCUUUAACAUGAAAGGAGGUCCGACGAGAUACAGAGCUAUUAUCUUUUACGUUAUUGUGUUCAUUGAGAAUACUGUAAUGUUUGGGUUCUGGUAUGCCGAGACGGACUCCCAGGAGGAAAGAUACGGCUUACCGGCGUUGGUAUUCGUUUGGGGCGGCUUCUUCGUCGGUAUCUUCUUGAUGUUGCUCUAUUACUACUGCUUCCAUCCAGAGAAGAUUCCCAUCUGCCUGUGCAAAGGCACCUCCGCAUAUGUCCCCAAUGCACAGAGUGGUGAGGUCAGAGGUCCAGAUGUGCAGAGAGGUGCAGGGGACGAAACGGACGGAAGCAUAGAGGUUGAUGGUGUACACAUAGCAAACGCACAUUCUCUGUCCAACGUGGGGGGAACAGUAACUUCGACAGAGACAUCUGGAGACGACAGGUACCGGUACCUCUUCUCCUACAAGUGGCGGCGUCGAAUUCACCCCAAGAUAUGACAUAUUGAAUGCUUCAAGUCCAGAUACGAACCUUUCAUAGGUCUGCAUUGACCUCGUAUUUUAGUAGGAAACCCACUGUGAUCUUCCCAAACCACGCUCCGAUAUUGAUCUGUCUCUAACGAAAUAGUAUGAACAAUGAAAAUAAACUUGGGGUUACCUUCGGGAAAGACACUCUUCUGACUUUUGACAAGGUGCCUUAAUAAAAGUACCAUCAUGGCCAGGGAUUUUUGCAGUGAUCUAACCAUCCCGCGGGUGUUUUAGGUGUGACCCAGGAUGGUACCGAUUCAUCUGAACAAGUAAAGAACGACAUUUUUAGUCUCAAGAUAGAAACAAAUUCUCUCUUAUAUCAAGUGGGUGUGUUGUCAAGUGAACAAUGUGCAUCAAAUGACAACUAGGAUCUCUGCCGCAUUACUUAUUCCGAUGAGAGAAAAAUAAUAACAUUUAUCAGAUUGGAGUGCACACAGAUUGCUUGAAGCUUAACCCUGUAAGGACGGUAAGGGCGGGGGGGGGGGGAAUUAUGCCUUCAAUGCGUCGCGUGAUUUUCUCGGAACACACAAAGAUAGCGCCACAAAAUUUUAUGACUUUUUGACUUAUUUCUUUGAAGUCUCAAGAAACUUUUGAGACCAAAUCAUUGACGUGAGGAUAGUAUCGCGACAUCACGUGGCUUUUAAAGGAGGCAAUGUCGUUCCGAAAAUAGAGUUGAUACACAUAAUCUGAAUGCAGAUAGACCUGGAAAGCGGCGCCAAAUUAUUUUGACCCCACCCUGACCUUCAUAUGCUAAACGAACCUGCAAAUCUACUAUACAUGAUAAAUUUGUUUACUUUUCCAGGGUAUGUACAUUAAUAUGAAAACCAAUAUUUAAAUGAUCUCGCUGUGUUUUCUCGAUUGUGGACUUUGGACCGUAAGCCUACUUUCAAAGGUGGUGUAAAUGUUCUACUUCUCCUGUAGCAUAAUUGCAUUGAAAAUCAGGAAGAAAUGAGCGGGGCGUGAAGUGAAUGUAGAUUGAGGAGUUCAAAACAGCCAGCUAGGCCUGUCAGUACUACCUACCUCUGUCAUUGUUGGCUUUCUGCAAAUUUUAAGAUUGCUGCAAAACCAUGUUCACAGAGGAGCAUGAUGAUGGAGAAGACAGCAAAAUUAUCCCCGUUUCGGACAUCAGUCAGGAGAAAACUGAAAAGAACAACUUGUACGGAGUGUCUGACGACAAAGGGAACUUCACCCUCAUCGACGCGUUGUUCUUCAUUGUUGGCAUGGCGCUGUACAUAGCGGAUCACGUCACUGAUAUCGUUGUUGGAGUCCAGUAUUGGAGACGAGGCGAUACUUUAUGGAGCGCCAUGACGUUUGUCUUUGUGUUUGUGCCGUCCUUGGUCUUGCAGUACUUUAGCUUUCGAUGGUUCGUUCUAGAUACGAGAGAGAACGGCAAAGAUGGACCCAAAGCUUUGAAGAAGCCGCUACGGGCGUGGUGCCAGUGGUUAAUAACGCAUGCACUACAACUCGGAGCCAUCAAGAGAUACUGGCGCACUGUCAAGUAUGGACUGAGGAGUCGUCGGGAUAUCAAAUAUUACAACAUGAUGAUUUAUGAGUAUCGUGAUCUCAGUAUGUUACGUCUUCUAGAAGCUUUCAUGGAAUCGGCUCCUCAACUAGUUCUACAAGUCUACAUCAUGUUAGAGAGCGAAGAAUUCCACUGGCUGACAGCUGCUUCUGCUGUGGUAUCCUUAAGCUCACUUGCUUUCUCUCUCGAAAGCUACCACAAUGUUCUACGAGUGUCACGAAAGGACAGACUAAACAUAUCUUACCUCGGAGUGACAUUUCGUAUUCUUUGGCGUUUGUUCACCAUCACCGCCCGAGUGAUCGCCAUGGCGCUCUUUGCAUGCAUCUACGAGUGGUGGUUACUCAUUGUGGCUGGCGCACACUGGUUUGUCAUGACAGCUUGGCUGAUAUGGCAAAAGACAGAAUUCCACAACGCCAUGCGGGAUGAGAUACCUUUCGAUGCAGUUGUCGGAAUCAUCCACAUCUUCUGCUUUUUCAACAUGAAGGAUGGACACACUAGAUACAGAGCACUUGCCUUUUACGCUGUGAUAUUCAUUGAGAACACCAUUUUACUUGUUUUGUGGUACCAGAAGCAGGAGUCAAGGGAAAAGAUAUAUGCGAUUCCAGCUUUUGGUUUUGUUUGGGGUGGAUUCUUCGUAGGACUCCUCUUUAUGGCAUUGUACUAUACUUCUUGUCAUCCCACUGAUGAUAUACUAUGUUGCAUACCGCCGCCAUGUAGCAAAGAUCACCCAAUUAUCGCAGAGAAGAAAGAAAUCAACGACACCCCCAUACGUUUACAGAGCAGUGCUUCGUCGGAGACGAAAUCCAACGCGAUGCAAGCAGAAGACCCUAAACGCCAUCGAUACUUCUUUUCUCAGAAAUGGACCCUUGAUAAACCUCUUAAUUCUGUCUCAAACGAAUUAUAAUUAGAUCACUGAGAAUUAUCUGAAAUUAAAUGUUCUUUUUUAACUUGA